GUUCCGCAAGGCUUUGUCUCAAGAUGAGGCCGCUUGGUUACUUGUUACGUCGCUUGGCCGAUAAGGAUUUUGAGACUUUUCUCACCGCCAAGUCUCACCAGGCAGCCAACACGUUUUCCCACUUUGCCUGCCACUGACCUGAGAAGAAGUGUUGAACCCUGCGGAAUCCUCAGUGAGGAUGAGUUGCAGUUCACAGUUCACAGUUUUAGAAUUCUGUUCGAGUUGAUUGCAAUUUGCAAAUUAAUCUUUACAAUUUAUGUAAUUUAUCUUGAGGAGGUAAUAAAAGGUGCCUUUGGUGGAGUGAGUCGUGGUGGAAAAGGUUCUGAAGUUCUGAAGAAGCAAGAAGAAGGUUCUGAAGUGAAGAAGAAGGAAUUUCUGAGCAGCAAAAAAGGGUCUCGAAUCAACGUAGAGUUGGAGUUUGAAUGGAAAUUUUUGUAGUUCCUUGGUUUUAAAGACACGCACGUUUUUUGGUUUGAGGAAACGUUUUUAAAAAUUUGUGAAGAAACGUUUAAUAAACGCUAAUUUUAAGGAGACUUCAAAAAACAAUAUAAAAAGUUGGAUUCCUUGUGGUGACCGAGGUGUUCACAAUGGAAGGGGAACCAGGACCUGGAAACAACAAUGGGAACAACGCCGGGGAGAAGAAUGAGAGUACUUCAAAACGAGAUGAUUUAAGUAGAGCCACAAUGAUUUUUAAACUGGCCAUGAGAAGACUCCAGCAGAGGGAGAAUCCACCGUCUUUUACACUGCUUAACCCACAGAAUUUGAAGCAUCCGUUUAUAACUGAUGAGGAAAUUGACAGGAACGUGGAGAUACUCAAGGAAAUUAUAAGCGAGCGGGAGGAAAGUCCGAACGUCAAAGAAGACGGUGAAGGAAAGGGGAAAAUCGUCAACAAUAACAAUGUGGGGAAUGAAGCAGAACCACUACCAGGUGAUGGUCAAAUACUAAAAAGAGGCAGUUCACAAACAAAUCAGGAUCCGAUUGAAGUUAUUGAUCUUACUAUUGACAACGGCGAUGAGUAUGAAGAGGACGAUGAUUAUGAAUAUACUGAAGAGGACUACGAAGCUAUGGAGCAUGACUUAGACGAUAUGGCACGUACCUACGAAAAUAUUAAAGACGAAGAUUUAGAAGAUGAAGUUAUAGAAGAUAAGUGUGAAGAUACAGAUGAUAUAGAAUACCUUGGAUGCGUGUUAACGCAGGAUUAUGAUGGUUUGAGAGUCAGAAUUGAUGACAAAAACGGAGUAACGUUGACACGUGCCUGUGAGGAACUUGGAGGUGCUGAGGUUUUGGCAGUGGACAACGCAAUAAAUGUCCCAAAAGAUAAGGAAGUUCAACAAGGACGGUCUAUUCCUGAGCAAAAGGAGAUUACCAAAUUUCUUCAAGAAAAGUCUGUUCCGGAGGAAAAUGAGGUCCGGCUGGAAGGAGGAGCAGGAAGAAAUAAAACAAGGAGACACGUCUUUGCGCGUACAGAUUUUGAUGCUGGAACAUUUCACAGCACAGGCCCUUUAUCCAGAAUAAAUCAACCAUACGAUCGCUUUGACCUAAAAGGAGCUCGUGACAAAUUCGACGAUGAGGUGUACUCCUUGCUUCGAGAUUUCUUCACGUGUGCCUUAACGUCGCUUGUGUACAAGAUUGGGCUUCAACCCAAACAGGCUUUUCAAAUGCAGGAGCACAUAUAUUUUGGAGAUGUACAGGUUUUCCGUGACGAAGACUCAAGAAAAUAUGUCGGAGGGGUUAGUGAAAAUAUAGUUCACUUCAUCCGGAAGGGAGCUCUCGAUGGAGCAGUGUUCCAUUUUAACAUGUUAAAUCGAGAGCACUGCCCAAUUACGCAACAGCGGUUUGCAUUUCAAUCCGUUGGAAGCUUUUCUGCUGAAAAUUUUGACAUUGCCGAUACUGCCAGAAUGCUUAAAAUAAAUGAACUGAUGAAAACUAAAUUGUCACAUUCGCUGAAGACUAUUUCGGAACAUCCUUUGGAAGAAGCGAAAUGCCCAUGGUUUUCGCAAUGGAAUAUUUCUAUCGGCAUAAAGCACCGAUUUAUGGAUCUCUUGAGGUUAAAUAAAAUUCAAGAUUUAGAAGCACCAUUCAUUGGAAAUCCGUCCAAUGAUUAUUUCCCGUUUAAGAAACGUGCCAGAUUAUCGCAAGCCGCGAAAAAUGGAUACUAUAGGAAAGUUCCAAAGAACCCGGAUGGAAGUAUUCCAACUUCAGCGGUAAAGAACAUUAUCGAGAAACUCAGAUCUAAAGAAUUUGCUAGCCUUAAAGCGCUUAAAGAGAAAGCCAUUUUUGAAUUUAAUGACUUACCUAAAUUACCUGAGUGGGAAUUUUUUUCUUCAUCUGACGAAUCAGAAGACCAAGAACGCUCUUCCAAUCAAAGUGCAAAGCCUAAGGAAAUGCAAUUUACUACACCUAUCACCAGUGAUGAGGUACUACCGAAUUUGAUCAUUAAAGUUUAUCGAGUUGACUACGCUGAUACCGUCGAGGUGGAUGAAGCCAUGAUGGCCAGAGCUGCUUCAGAACAACACGCACAUGAAGAGUUAUUCGGAUUUUCCUCCGACUCUGAUUAAAUAUCUUAAUCUUAAACACUUUAUUAUUUUUACAUUGUCAUACUAUUACAGAUGUAUUAUAUACAUUUAAAUAUUCAUUUCCUCCAUGAUAUUGAAAUUGUUACAUGUGUCGUUAGUUUAAAGAUUUUUUUUUUACCCGUCAAUGUAAUAGCAAAAAAGAAUAUUUUAAUUUUUCAGCGACACGCUAGGCUCGUAUUACAAAUAAACGACAUCUACUAUUUUUAUACUUAUAAAGGGCCCCAUCACCUGCUGAAGGUGAUGUUAUUAUGUAACGCUCAAAUUUGUGUGUACAAUCUUGCAUACGGCAUGCAAUAAUAAUAAUGAUGAUGCCAGUCAAAUCUGGAGUUCAGAAAAAUAA